AUGACGAGUCUCAAAAGACCGCAGGGUACCGACUCGUAUUCUCCGAAUCUCUCAAGCAAGACAUAUGUGAGAUCUACCAAGAGCGGCAAGGUCCAAAAGAUUGUGCGCGAAGUCUAUCUUCGUGAAGAUAUUCCUUGUUCAUCCAAGCUAUGUUCAAAAUGUCUUGCCAAAGCACCAAGAAACGCGGGCGGAGAGUUGAGCCCGUUUAUCCUCUCAGACAAGCCAGCAGGUACCAAGGCUUACCCGCAAGGACAUUACCUUGUACCAGACACAAAUGCUCUGCUUAAUGCCAUGGAUCUAUUCGAACAGAGCUCUGCAUUUUAUGACGUUGUUAUUUUACAGACCGUCCUAGAGGAGCUACGGAACAGAUCUUUACCGCUAUAUAAUCGGCUGAUUGGCCUGACCAAAAGCGAAGAUAAGCGUUUCUAUGUCUUCUUCAACGAGUUCAGAUUCGAGACCUACGUACCUCGAGAACGGGACGAAACCAUCAACGACAGGAAUGACAGGGCUGUACGGCAAGCUGUCAAGUGGUACAAUGACCACCUAAACCAGAGCAAGAGCAAGCAGUUACCGGUGACGGUUAUGCUUACAGACGAUAGAUUAAAUAUCGAAAAGGCAAAAAAGGAGAAUGUUCCGGCCACUACAUUACGUGACUACGUAUCAGGACUCGAGGACGCAGAUCGACUACUCGAUAUGAUUCCCGAAUCGCAAGAGAAGGGCAUCUCCAGAGAUAAGAAUACCUCUGAAUUCCUAUAUCCCGAAUAUUAUACCCUCUCAAAGAUGAUGACAGGAGUCAAGAGUGGCAUCCUCCAUCAGGGUAUCUUUAAUGUAUCGCCCUACAAUUACCUUGAAGCCUCGAUCAAGGUCCCCGCGUUUCCGAAAGCACUCAUUGUUCUCGGACGUGAAAACAUCAACCGUGCAGUAGACGGAGAUGUUGUGGUCGUGGAAGUUCUUCCCCAAGACCAGUGGAAGGUGCCUUCUACCAAGAUUAUCGAGGAAGAGACUAUCACGAAGAACGAAAGUGCCGAUAAUGAAGAAGGUGGUGAUAUAGUCACCGAACAGGAGAGGCGAGCUCUACAAGAGCAAGUCAAAAAGACACAAGGUUUAAGCACAGAAGGUCGACCUCAGCCUACUGCGAAAGUGGUCGGUAUAGUCAAGCGAAACUGGCGUCAAUAUAAAGCAAGCAAAAGUGUUUUCUUAAUCCCGAUGGAUAAGAAAGUACCAAAGAUCCGCUUACGUACAAGGCAAGCUGGCGAGAUUGUCGGAAAGCGAAUACUCGUUGCAAUCGAUUCGUGGGAUCGCGAAUCUAGACACCCCGUCGGUCACUUUAUCAGGUCUCUGGGUGAAUUGGAGAGCAAGGCCGCGGAGACUGAGGCGCUACUGCUCGACACUGACGAUCCUGGCUGGAAAGAUCGAGAGGACCUUCGAGGCCUUCUUAUCUGUAGUAUCGAUCCUGUUGGUUGUCAGGAUAUCGAUGACGCGUUACACGCAAGACCAAUACCAAAUGGAAACUUCGAAGUCGGUGUUCAUAUUGCAGAUGUUUCACACUUCGUGAAGCCGAGCAACGCUAUGGACACCGAGGCAAGCAUCCGAGGAACGACCGUCUAUUUAGUAGACAAGCGUAUCGAUAUGUUGCCGAUGUUGCUAGGUACCGACCUUUGCUCCUUGAAACCGUACGUAGAGCGUUACGCGUUUUCGGUGCUAUGGGAAGUCAAUCAAGACGCUGAUAUCAUCAACGUGAGAUUCACCAAGUCUGUUAUCAAGUCUCGUGAAGCAUUCAGUUACGAGCAGGCACAACUACGCAUCGACGAUGCAUCUCAACAGGAUGACCUAACCCAGGGUAUGAGAACGCUAUUAAUGCUAUCGAAGAAGCUAAAACAGAAGCGAAUGGACGCCGGAGCUCUGAGCCUCUCAUCGCCCGAAGUCAAGGUCGAGAUGGAAUCAGAAACCUCAGAUCCGAUUGACGUGAAGACUAAGGCGCUUCUGGAUACCAACUCCCUUGUAGAAGAGUUCAUGUUACUCGCCAACAUCAGCGUUGCGGGUAAAAUCUAUGAGGCCUUCCCACAAACAGCCAUCCUACGACGCCACGCCGCACCACCUAAGACUAACUUUGACGAGCUAGCCAACCAGCUCAAGGUGAAGCGCGGAAUCGAGUUACACUUCGACUCGUCAAAAGCGCUGGCCGAUUCUCUAGACCAAUGCGUAGACGCGCGAGAUCCGUUUUUCAACACGCUGGUGCGUAUCAUGGCGACGCGGUGCAUGAUGAGCGCCGAAUACUUCUGCGCAGGUACCCAAGCAUUCCCCGAGUUCCGACAUUACGGUCUCGCGUCCGAGAUCUACACACAUUUCACACGAGUCCAAUCCGACGAUAUGCCGACCUCGUCGCCCAUCGCCAGCUCGCAGCCGCCAUCGACCGUGUGCAAGAACAUCAACGUGCGGCACCGCAACGCGCAGCUCGCGGGCCGCGCCAGCGUAGCGUACUACGUCGGACAAUCGCUACGGGGCCGGGUCGCGGAGGAAGAAGGGUUCGUGAUGAAGAUAUUCAGCAACGGGUUCGUGGUGCUGGUGCCGAGGUUUGGUAUCGAGGGCCUGAUUCGACUACGGGAUCUGGCGGAGCCGGAGCCGGAGAGCGUGUUCGAUGCGGAUACAUAUACGCUGAAGACUAGUGGGAGUCGGGAGGUUAGUGUUGAGCUGUUUAUGAAGGUGGUGGUGCGUAUACAGGAUGUUAAGGAUGAGGCGACGGGCAAGAGGGGUGCGAAGAUGGAGCUUGUUAGGGCUGGUUAG